AUGGCGGACAAGGUCCUAAUGAACGAGUUCAAGGCUCUCUCCAAGGAAUCCUGGACCAACAUUGAGCUCAUCAACGAGAACAUCUUCUCCUGGCAUGUCGCUCUCAUCGUCAUCAAUCCGGACUCGGUCUACAAUGGUGCCUACUUCAAGGCCAAGAUGACAUUCCCAAAGAACUACCCUUACAGCCCUCCUGAGUUCAAGUUCACCCGUCCCAUGUUCCACCCGAAUGUCUAUCCCGAUGGCAAGCUCUGUAUCUCCAUCCUGCACCCACCCGGCGAAGACGAGAUGUCAGGCGAACUGGCUGCUGAACGCUGGUCGCCUGCUCAACGUGUCGAGUCCGUGCUCAUCAGUAUCCUAUCACUCCUCGACGAUGCCGAACCUUCCUCACCUGCCAACGUCGAUGCCGGAGUCAUGCUUCGCAACAACCCUGAAGCAUACAAGCAAAGAGCCCGUCAAGACGUCGAGGCUAGCAAAGCCGACAUUCCCGAAGGCUUCGUCAUGCCCACACAACACGCUACCUACAAGCCCGAAGUCGAAGACAACUUGUUCAGCUGGAGCGAUUCAGAAGUCGAGGAUGACUUUGACAACGACAGCGAUGCAGAGAUGACCUUUGACGAGGAUGACGAGGAUGAUGAGCAGGAGGUGGCCAGUGAUAGCGACGAUUGA